GGCUUGUUUCCAAAUUAAACAUUGUUAGAUUUAUAUUGGAGCCCAAACAUUUCUCCAUUUCUAUGAUUUAUUUCCGCAAAGGGAGUACGCUUUGAAACUUUCACCUGCGUCACUCCUAAUCGGAUCUCCGUUCUUCCGCAUCAAGACAGGAGCCUUCGGCGAAGCCUUCCGCAUCUCCGUUCUCCAGAUCGGAUCUCCGUCCGCUGACAGCCUUCUGCUGUUCUCCACUUCGUCUGACUACUCUCGCUUUCUCUCAUUACUUUGCGCAUAUUGUUGGGUCAUACACAUCCUCAGAUAUAUAUUACUCCGGAUUGCUUAGGCAGAAAAAACGUUUAUGCAGAAAGGCAUCAUUGGCAAAAAAAGUAAACAUUUUUAGUCCUAUUUAUAGAAUGAGAGUACUACCUGUUCUCUCACCUUCAUUCUUUGGGUAGGGAUAAAUUUCAAAAAAGAGAAUUAUGUUAUUGUGAACAGUGAAGUGAAGUGAACCAUAAAUCAAGUUCAACUAAUGUUGUAGGUGAAAAAUGGCAGUAACAUCAUCUACCACUCUAUCAUUUGGUUUAACCACAUCUAUUAGGCCCAAGAAUGGUCUAGUCUCACAAUCUAAAGCCCUAAAUCUGAAGCUGAACUCUACUAAGGUCUGUUUUAGGAGUUUUGUUGGACUCAAGGCAGCAGACUCAUCAUCUACAAUAAGCUGUGAGUCAUCAUCAUCAUUUUUUGGAAGUGAAAGCAUCACAGCUCUUCUACGCAAACCCUCCUUCACUGCGAAGGCCCAAACAGAAAGGAGAAUCUCCGUUCAACAGCCCCAGGCAUCAUACCGAGUGGCCAUUCUCGGGGCAGCAGGCGGCAUAGGUCAACCACUAGCCCUUCUUGUCAAGAUGUCUCCACUAGUCUCAGAUUUACACCUUUAUGACAUAGCAAACGUCAAAGGGGUGGCGGCAGACAUCAGCCACUGCAACACUCCUUCACGUGUGUCGGAUUUCACGGGACCAUCUGAAUUAGGAAACUGUCUCAAAGACGUUGACGUGGUCGUCAUACCCGCUGGUGUUCCGAGGAAGCCGGGGAUGACACGUGAUGACCUGUUCAACAUAAAUGCAAACAUUGUGAAGACGUUGGUCGAGGCUGUAGCUGAUCACUGCCCUGGCGCCUUCAUCCACAUCAUCAGCAACCCAGUCAACUCGACAGUCCCGAUCGCAGCAGAGGUUCUGAAGCAAAAGGGGGUUUAUAAUCCCAAGAAGCUGUUUGGUGUCACAACUCUUGAUGUUGUAAGGGCAAACACUUUUGUCGCUCAAAAGAAAAACCUCAGGCUCAUUGAUGUUGAUGUCCCGGUCAUCGGGGGUCACGCUGGGAUUACGAUUUUGCCCCUCUUGUCGAAAACAAAGCCGUCCGCUUUAUUUUCUGACGAGGAGGUUGGUGAGUUGACUGUGAGGAUCCAGAACGCGGGGACAGAAGUUGUCGAGGCAAAGGCAGGGGCAGGGUCCGCCACACUUUCUAUGGCCUACGCUGCUGCAAGGUUCGUGGAAUCUUCGCUGCGUGCUCUUGACGGGGAUAGUGAUGUAUACGAGUGUGCUUUUGUGCAGUCUGAUCUCACAGAGCUUCCAUUUUUUGCAUCAAGGGUCAAAUUGGGAAAGGAUGGUGUUGAGGCAUUGGUCCCGUCUGAUCUUCAAGGACUGACGGAGUAUGAGGAGAAGGCCUUGGAAGCCCUAAAGCCUGAGUUGAAGGCCAGUAUCGAGAAGGGGAUCAAGUUUGCUCAGAAAUAACCACUUGCUGCUUAGAAUAUUAUGCUAUUUAUUAUUGCCUUACUGGCCAAACAUAUACAAUUAUUUUUUGGGAGUGCAUUGGGACACAGUUUUGCAGACAAGGUGAGGUUAAUGUCUUGCCUUUCCCCCUUUUUGAUGUUUGGUGGAUAAUAAUACAUUUUCAUGUAAUCAUUAGUGUGCCAAACUGUUGAAACAUUCUCCUGUUUGUUGUAUGUUUUUUUCUUUUUGAAGGCUCACUUGGUCAGCACCACUUUUGUAUGAGACCAUCCAUCCUAUGAAAUAAGAAGUGUGUCAUUUUUUUUCUGUUUUAUAGACUUCAACUUACUUUCUUUUUAUAAACUACAGCAAAUCAACCGAUGGCUUAUUUUGUUAUCGUGGGCUGUUAUUAUUAUGGAGUACAUUUCUUUUGUAAAUAAUUAUUAUAAUUAUUUUUAACUAAUUUAA